AUGGAAGACGACGGUGAAACUCUGAACGACCAGUAUUUCCGCGUGAGAGUUCACAAAGACGCGGGUGCUGCCCAGCCUGAAACCGUCCCCGGCGUACUCCUGUGCGCAGCGGGCGACUUUGCCGUAGAAGAGGACAUGUUUCCUACGGACGGACUGUGUGACCUACUGUUCUACACACAUGUUCGGUUUCUGGGACAUGACUUCCAAGGUCGGUACAACGUGAAGAGCUGGAAGACCUUCAGGCGCUUGGCACCGGCCUCCAUUAAGACCGGCUUCGGCAUAUCGGUCAGCUACCGGGAGGCCGACGACGUGAGAAAAGCACUGAAUGCCACCGGCAGACAAAGGCUCCGGCAAUUAUACAAGGAAAAAAUACAACACCACGGCAUCCUGAGAGCAACUUGUGACCCCAGAACGCUUAAAUCGGACUUAGCUGGCAAGCUAAAGCUAAUAACCGAGCUCAAGAAAUUUCAGGACGAGUUAAGCACCUCACUGACGACCGGCGUUGCCAAGUCCGAGCUCGCGCUGGGUAUCCGAUUUACAAACUACCUGGACGAAGCUGAGGUUGCGCAUCACCCGUCGGCAAUGCUGGAGAUGACAAGGAAAGGCAUAUUUCCUCUGUAG